AUGACCUUCAAGAAGCUGGACAUUGAACCGCUGCCGCUCGUCAUCAGCGCCACCGGCAAGAUCUUCCUCACCUCGGACGUCGCCCUGAACGCCGACCUGCCCGCCGAUGCUGAGGUCACCCUGGAAAUGAACAAGACAGUCACAUUUGGGAGCAAGAAGUUCCAGCUGACCAUUCCCUGCGUCGACGGCAUCGGCAGCUGCACGGUGAAGGUCUGCGACGUCUUCAAGCUCUGGUACAAUGACAUCCUCUGUCCGCUGAUCAAGGGCGGCGGUCACGGCUGCAGCUGUCCCAUCAAGGGAGGCAACUUUCUCAACCAGCGCACUGAGGUGAAGGCGCCGCUGAGCAAGCUGCGCAACCUGGCCUCGGCCAUCGCCGACGGCGACUACUCCUUCCGCAUCAGCGUGGCCGAUCCAGCCAAGAGCAAGCUCUUUGGCUGCCUGGAGAUGCAGAUGAAGAUUAAGGUUGAAAAAUGA